CCUGUUGGAUAGGAUGGGUGUGGAUGCACGGUGUCAAAUUACACACAAAUUACAGACCUGCUCAACAGGCCCCUCUCCCGCUCCCUCCCUCUGCACCCCCAUUGGCCGAGACCCAGCCGCUACAUUCAACCAGCCUGUUUUCCUGCGUGCCAAACGCUUUGUUUGAGAGGAAGUGACGUCACGGCACAGAGACCUGCAACAAGUGGGCUGAGCACAGAUGAGGACCAAGCGUCUCUCAGCUGGGGUUCGACUCGAGUUGGACACAGUUCAGCUUUUAUUAAAGGACAAACUAUGGCCAUAGCACAGCCUGUGGAGCGACCACUGUGAAGCAUGGCUGCCGGACACGGAGAGACUCCGCGAGACUCCACAUGUCAAAGUGGGACUGCUGUUUUUUUCUCAAACCCUUUGAUGAGUGAUGUUGAAUCAGACUGGUCUCCGAUUCAUGACGCUGCCUUCAAUGGACGUGUCCUCGCUCUGCAAAGACUCAUUGCACAGGGUGCAGGUGUCAAUCUGAGCACUCUGGAUCAGGUGACUCCCCUCCAUGGAGCGUGCAUACAAGGCCACGAGGCGUGCGCAAAGCUUCUGAUGGAAAACGGGGCAAAUGUAAACAGCUCAACAGUGAAUGGACAAACUCCCCUGUCAGAAGCUUGCGCCCGGGGCCAUGUGACCUGCGUAUCGCUGCUCCUGCAGCAUGGGGCGACUCCCUCAGGGACCAGCCAGGCCGGCUCUCCGAUCCACAGGGCUGCAGCAAAAGGUCACGCAGAGUGCAUCGAGCCUCUUGUUCAGUACGGUGCUGAUGUGGAUCAGUAUAUCGACCAAUCGGGUUUCCCUCUCCACGUUGCCUGCUCCAAUCAGCAUCUGAGCACUGUGAGGAAACUGCUUCAGCUCGGUGCUGGUGUGAACAGCAGUGUGUCCAGUGACAGUGUGUGUGGCGACUCGCCGCUGCACAUCGCCGCCCGCCUGCGCAGCCCUGAGCUGGUGUCCCUCCUGCUCGACCACGGGGCCGACCGAUCCCUCAGGAACUCAGAGGGCCAACGGCCGCUGGACCUCGCGCCUCCCGACAGCCCGGUGGAGAGGCUGCUGAGACAAGCAGGAGGAGUGGCCCCUCUCGUGCAGCUGUGCCGGCUGCACAUCAGGAAAACUGUGGGCAAGCAGAGGCUGGGUGGGAUUCACGGCCUUCACCUCCCCGCUGAUGUGAAACACUAUCUUCUCUACCAGUCGCACCCAGAGGGCGAGCGAACGCACUGAGCAACUCAGGCUUUCACUGAGCAUUUCACCUCUGGGUCAGCAGGGGGCGCACUUGCACAAUGUUGGCAGUGAUGAGAGGGCAUCAUGGCUCAUGACUGUGAUAGCAAUUAACUCUAAUUCUUUGUGUAAGAGCUCUGUAAACUGAUCAAGAUCAAUCUGGACUUUGAUGUGAGAAGCAAGUUUCUGUCAUAAAACAUUCAUUAACAAUAAGAUGUGCGUAUUUAACAUGAGCAAGUGGGCUCAUGAGAUCUAAGAAAUAUGUCAGAAUUGAUGUUAAAUAAAGUUUAACUUUGUUGAAUAAUAUUUUUGUAGCUACACAAAUCUCCACAUUUA